GGGGCGCGGGGCGGGCCGGGGCGCACGCGCCGCCCGGUGCGGGGCUCGAUCGCGCCGCUUUCCCGACGCUGUAUCCGCCGGCGGCGCCAGAACAAUAGGGGCCGCCGCCGCCGCCCGCCGGCCCUGGGCGCCGCGGCCGCCGCCCGCCCGCUGCCCACCGCCCACCGCCCCCGGCCCGCGGGACCUUCAUGCGCUUCCCCUCCCCCGCGCACGCACGGCGGGUGCGCGCCUGCCCCGGAACAGGACUGCCACUGUUGAGGCUGUGGGAGUAUGAAUCAGCAGCAGCAGAGAAUGGCUGCAGUUGGGACAGACAAAGAGCUCAGUGACCUGCUGGACUUCAGUAUGAUGUUUCCCCUGCCAGUGGCUAAUGGAAAAAACAGACCCACGACCCUAACAAGCACGCAGUUUGGAGGAUCAGGUUUGGAUGAAAGACCAGGAUCAGGUUCCUGGGGAACGGGAGAUCAAAACAGCUCCACAUUUGACCAAGGAAGGCAGAGCUAUGGUGAAGGCCCCCACUAUGAGCACAGGGACCUGCCAUCCCACAACAGCAUCUCCUCAUCACCAUUCCUGGGAGCUGGACUAGUGGGGAAGAGCAAUGAAAGAGCCUCGUACUCCACGUUCGGAAGAGACACGGGGAUGCCAGGGCUAAACCAGACUGGUUUCCUGCCCAGCGAAAUGGGAAUUGCGAGCCCGAGCACGCUUUCCCCCACCGGAGUGAAGGGGGGGUCUCAGUAUUUUUCUUACCCCAACAAUCCUCGCAGGAGAGGUGCUGAGAGCAACAUAGAUGGACAGCCCAAAAAGGUUCGGAAGGUGCCUCCUGGACUCCCCUCCUCGGUGUAUCCAUCCAACUCAGGUGAUGACUACAGCAGGGAUCCAGCUGGAUAUACCCCCUCGAAACCUCCCAGCACUGUGUAUCCUGGAGCCUUUUACAUGGCAGAUGGUCUCCAUAACUCUCCAGACCUGUGGAGUUCCCCGGGCGCCAUGAGCCAGUCGAGUUACGGUGCCAUGCUGGGCAGCUCCUCCUCUCCACUCCCACAGUCCAGUGGUUUCAACAGUUUACACCAGCACGAACGCAUGAACUACCAGCUCCACUCAGGAGAGGUGAAUGGUGGGCUCCCCUCCGUGUCUGGCUUCUCCUCAGCCUCCACACCCUACGGUGUCUCCAGCCACACCCCCCCGAUCAGCGGGACCGACACCAUGAUGGGUAACAGAGGCACCACCGCUGGGAGCUCGGGAGACGCGCUGGGCAAGGCACUGGCUUCAAUUUAUUCCCCCGAUCACUCUAGCAAUAACUUCUCAUCAAACCCCUCCACACCAGUGGGCUCCCCUCAGGGGCUUGCAGGCACAUCCCAGUGGUCACGGGCGAGCGGCCAGGGUGCCUUAUCUCCCAGCUACGAAGGGAGCCUCCACACCUUACAAAACAAAAUGGAAGACAGGUUGGACGAAGCCAUCCACGUGCUGAGGAACCACGCCGUGGGCCAGACAGCCACCAUGCCCAGCAGCCACGGGGACAUGCACGGGCUCCUGGGCUCAGCACCAGCCCACAGUGCCAGCGUGGGCAGCCUGGGCCAGGCCUUCCCCGCCGCCGUCAUGUCCCUGGGGAACAGGCACCCCAGUCUGGUGGGAGGAGGUCACCCGGAAGAUGGGUUGUCCAGCAACCCCAGCAUGCUCCACAACCAUGUCACACUUCCGUCACAGCCCAGCUCACUCCCUGACCUCAGCAGGCAGCAGGACACGUACAGUGCAGGUUUGUCAGGGGGGCUGGGGCGAAGCAGCGUCUCCUCAGGAACCAGUGAGAUAAAGAGGGAAGAGAAGGAGGACGAGGAGAACACGUCGGUGGCAGAUAAUUCAGAAGAAGAGAAGAAGGAGCUGAAACCCUCCCGGAACAGAACAAGGUGCUCUUUGAACAGUCAAGAUGAGGAUGAGGAGGACGAUCUUCUUCCCCCAGAGCAAAAAGCCGAGAGAGAGAGAGAAAGGAGGGUCGCCAAUAAUGCCCGUGAGCGCCUGCGGGUCCGGGACAUCAACGAGGCCUUUAAAGAGCUCGGACGCAUGUGCCAACUCCACCUAAACAGCGAAAAACCACAGACCAAACUGCUAAUCCUGCACCAGGCCGUAUCGGUCAUACUCAACCUGGAGCAACAAGUUAGAGAGCGCAACCUGAACCCGAAAGCAGCCUGCCUGAAGCGUCGGGAAGAGGAGAAGGUGUCUGGAGUUGUAGGAGAUCCUCAGAUGACACUUUCAGCUUCACAUCCUGGUCUAGGAGAUGGUCACAACCCUGUUGGACACAUGUAAAGAUCUUUUUGUUCCUCUGGAUAGAGAGAUCUGUAGGAGGAAAACCCUCGGUGUGACCUGCAACCUUCUCGAACCAUAAACUUUAGUUCUGCUCAUACUGACACACGUGGAUGGAUCCUGGCAUGGCGUAAGGGGUGGAGAAAAACAAACAAAAAAACACUUUCUCAAAUGAAAACAAACAAAAAAAAUUGCCUUAAGUAUAAAGUGAGGAACAGUCAAUACAUAUCACUCAGUUAGGAGGGGGUGGCGUGUUCUCUUGGCUUGUUCUCAAGCAGCCAGCAGCAAAAUUGUGCCUAAGCUUGAUAUUUCUUUUUUUUUUUUUUAAGGGGAAAAAAAAAAAAAGAACAUUAGUUAUGAGAUUUUUUUUAUGUAGAACAAAUAGCAAUGCCUUUUGGGUUGUUUUGUUGGUUUUUUGGUUUUUUUUUUUUAGCUUCUUUUUGCAUAUGUUUUGUAAGCGACGAAAAGAAUCUUUUUUUUUUGUAUAAAAAAAAAACGAAAAAAAAUGUCUUGUACCCCA